AUGUCUGAAAUAGCUCACUCUGCGGUGGGUGACGUGCCGAUUGACUCUUUUAAAGCAGACAGUCACAAUGGUGGAAAAGAUGCAUGGGUGUGCACCCGAUGUGGUAAGGUGAAGGAUCUUCGGGGUGAUCAUCUUCGAGGCAAGAUGGAGGUCCGUUCUGAUUGUUGGCCCUGUGGAAAGAAGGCGACAUUCAAGUUGCAAAGCAGGCUCUCGGAUGACGGUAGUAAUAACAACGUCCCUGCAGCUAGCACUGUCGAUGAUACGCAUCAACCAAAAGGCGUCGGGAACGCAACAAUAGUUGGAGGAUUUCGUGCUCCUGUCGUUCCUUCAACCGGUGACGAGCACCAGUUUCUUUUCCCUGCUCCCGUACUCCAGUGCUCAACCCCAAGCUUAUCAGCAGACUGCUCCUCUGUAUGGAAAUGCUCUAUCUGUGGAAAGGUGAAGCCACUUUCUGGUGAUCAUUUGCGGGGGAAAACAGAGGUGCGAAGCGAUUGCUGGCCUUGUGGCUGCAAGAGAACGUUUGUGUUGAGUCCUGUUGACGGUGAAUACGGAUGCUCCGCGUUGCCGAAGGAGGAUGCAUCGAAGACUAUUUCAAAGGCCAGCGAGAACGUUAAGGAGCAAGCUACCACUGGCGCACAAAUACCAGUACAACCCGCAGCAAUACCAUUUAAGAGUGUAUUUGAUACACAGAGCAGUGGAGAUGCGAAACCACCCGCAGCAACACCAUUUAAGAGUGUAUUUGAUACACAGAGCAGUGGAGAUGCGAAACCACCUGCAGCAACGCCAUUUAAGAGUGUGUUUGGUACACAGAGCAGUGGAGAUGCGAAACCACCUGCAGCAACACCAUUUAAGAGUGUGUUUGGUACACAGAGCAGUGGAGAUGCGAAACCACCCGCAGCAACACCAUUUAAGAGUGUAUUUGAUACACAGAGCAGUGGAGAUGCGAAACCACCUGCAGCAACGCCAUUUAAGAGUGUAUUUGAUACACAGAGCAGUGGAGAUGCGAAACCACCUGCAGCAACGCCAUUUAAGAGUGUGUUUGGUACACAGAGCAGUGGAGAUGCGAAACCACCCGCAGCAACACCAUUUAAGAGUGUAUUUGAUACACAGAGCAGUGGAGAUGCGAAACCACCCGCAGCAACGCCAUUUAAGAGUGUGUUUGGUACACAGAGCAGUGGAGAUGCGAAACCACCCGCAGCAACACCAUUUAAGAGUGUAUUUGAUACACAGAGCAGUGGAGAUGCGAAACCACCUGCAGCAACACCAUUUAAGAGUGAUUCCAUUAAUGGCUUUUUUAUUAAGCAAACUCGUGCUGGAAUCAUGUCUGAAAUAGCUCACUCUGCGGUGGGUGACGUGCCGAUUGACUCUUUUAAAGCAGACAGUCACAAUGGUGGAAAAGAUGCAUGGGUGUGCACCCGAUGUGGUAAGGUGAAGGAUCUUCGGGGUGAUCAUCUUCGAGGCAAGAUGGAGGUCCGUUCUGAUUGUUGGCCCUGUGGAAAGAAGGCGACAUUCAAGUUGCAAAGCAGGCUCUCGGAUGACGGUAGUAAUAACAACGUCCCUGCAGCUAGCACUGUCGAUGAUACGCAUCAACCAAAAGGCGUCGGGAACGCAACAAUAGUUGGAGGAUUUCGUGCUCCUGUCGUUCCUUCAACCGGUGACGAGCACCAGUUUCUUUUCCCUGCUCCCGUACUCCAGUGCUCAACCCCAAGCUUAUCAGCAGACUGCUCCUCUGUAUGGAAAUGCUCUACCUGUGGAAAGGUGAAGCCACUUUCUGGUGAUCAUUUGCGGGGGAAAACAGAGGUGCGAAGCGAUUGCUGGCCUUGUGGCUGCAAGAGAACGUUUGUGUUGAGUCCUGUUGACGGUGAAUACGGAUGCUCCGCGUUGCCGAAGGAGGAUGCAUCGAAGACUAUUUCAAAGGCCAGCGAGAACGUUAAGGAGCAAGCUACCACUGGCGCACAAAUACCAGUACAACCCGCAGCAAUACCAUUUAAGAGUGUAUUUGAUACACAGAGCAGUGGAGAUGCGAAACCACCUGCAGCAACACCAUUUAAGAGUGUGUUUGGUACACAGAGCAGUGGAGAUGCGAAACCACCUGCAGCAACACCAUUUAAGAGUGUGUUUGGUACACAGAGCAGUGGAGAUGCGAAACCACCCGCAGCAACACCAUUUAAGAGUGUAUUUGGUACACAGAGCAGUGGAGAUGCGAAACCACCCGCAGCAACACCAUUUAAGAGUGAUUCCAUUAAUGGCUUUUUUAUUAAGCAAACUCGUGCUGGAAUCAUGUCUGAAAUAGCUCACUCUGCGGUGGGUGACGUGCCGAUUGACUCUUUUAAAGCAGACAGUCACAAUGGUGGAAAAGAUGCAUGGGUGUGCACCCGAUGUGGUAAGGUGAAGGAUCUUCGGGGUGAUCAUCUUCGAGGCAAGAUGGAGGUCCGUUCUGAUUGUUGGCCCUGUGGAAAGAAGGCGACAUUCAAGUUGCAAAGCAGGCUCUCGGAUGACGGUAGUAAUAACAACGUCCCUGCAGCUAGCACUGUCGAUGAUACGCAUCAACCAAAAGGCGUCGGGAACGCAACAAUAGUUGGAGGAUUUCGUGCUCCUGUCGUUCCUUCAACCGGUGACGAGCACCAGUUUCUUUUCCCUGCUCCCGUACUCCAGUGCUCAACCCCAAGCUUAUCAGCAGACUGCUCCUCUGUAUGGAAAUGCUCUACCUGUGGAAAGGUGAAGCCACUUUCUGGUGAUCAUUUGCGGGGGAAAACAGAGGUGCGAAGCGAUUGCUGGCCUUGUGGCUGCAAGAGAACGUUUGUGUUGAGUCCUGUUGACGGUGAAUACGGAUGCUCCGCGUUGCCGAAGGAGGAUGCAUCGAAGACUAUUUCAAAGGCCAGCGAGAACGUUAAGGAGCAAGCUACCACUGGCGCACAAAUACCAGUACAACCCGCAGCAACACCAUUUAAGAGUGUAUUUGAUACACAGAGCAGUGGAGAUGCGAAACCACCUGCAGCAACACCAUUUAAGAGUGUGUUUGGUACACAGAGCAGUGGAGAUGCGAAACCACCUGCAGCAACACCAUUUAAGAGUGUGUUUGGUACACAGAGCAGUGGAGAUGCGAAACCACCUGCAGCAACACCAUUUAAGAGUGUAUUUGAUACACAGAGCAGUGGAGAUGCGAAACCACCUGCAGCAACACCAUUUAAGAGUGUAUUUGGUACACAGAGCAGUGGAGAUGCGAAACCACCUGCAGCAACACCAUUUAAGAGUGUAUUUGAUACACAGAGCAGUGGAGAUGCGAAACCACCUGCAGCAACACCAUUUAAGAGUGUGUUUGGUACACAGAGCAGUGGAGAUGCGAAACCACCUGCAGCAACACCAUUUAAGAGUGUGUUUGGUACACAGAGCAGUGGAGAUGCGAAACCACCUGCAGCAACACCAUUUAAGAGUGUAUUUGGUACACAGAGCAGUGGAGAUGCGAAACCACCUGCAGCAACACCAUUUAAGAGUGUAUUUGAUACACAGAGCAGUGGAGAUGCGAAACCACCUGCAGCAACACCAUUUAAGAGUGUAUUUGAUACACAGAGCAGUGGAGAUGCGAAACCACCUGCAGCAACGCCAUUUAAGAGUGUGUUUGGUACACAGAGCAGUGGAGAUGCGAAACCACCUGCAGCAACACCAUUUAAGAGUGUGUUUGGUACACAGAGCAGUGGAGAUGCGAAACCACCCGCAGCAACACCAUUUAAGAGUGUGUUUGGUACACAGAGCAGUGGAGAUGCGAAACCACCCGCAGCAACACCAUUUAAGAGUGUAUUUGGUACACAGAGCAGUGGAGAUGCGAAACCACCCGCAGCAACACCAUUUAAGAGUGUAUUUGGUACACAGAGCAGUGGAGAUGCGAAUUGUCGAGGGGGUGUUGUUUCCAUUUGUUUAGAUGGUGAAAGUUCUGUGACUAAUUCUGCUUCUUCCAGUUGUCGCUCCACAGUUCAGGCUAAUAUUUUACAUGAUAGUGUUGGUGGGGGAGUUGUUUGUGUGGCUGAUGAUUUGAGUGGAUACCAGAGCAAUUCUCUUGAUGAGGCUCUGAACGUUACGGGCCUCUCUCCCCUUUUUUCUGCUUUUGAGAGGAUGAUGAAUGACGCGAAGGAAAAGGUGUUGUCAGCCUUGAAGGAGGAGUUGAAUCAAAUGGUUUCCUGUGUUGGUGGCCGUGAUUGCUGUAAGUGCGGAAGGGCAAUCCAAAGUGGUAGGGAAGUAAAGGAGAAUUAUAGGGGUAGAAAUAAGUCCGGUGAUAAAAUAAUGUGGGCUCAUUUGGAGAAUGCUUUCACUAAACCCUAUUGA